UCACAGCCAAAUACGAGAAAGAAGCAGGCCCCGAGGCCUGGGGUCUUCUUGCGUGUCAAGCUGUGCGCUAUGGGAACUCUGCUCUCAAAACUGAGACAGAGAUGUUUGAAAAAUAUUACAAUAAAUUGGAGCCCAGGGACCAGCAACCUCCACGAUUAUCAGAAAUUAAAAUAUCAGGAGCAGAAAUUGCACAGUUACGAGGCAGGCGUAAAUCCAAAUCCCGUGUAGGUCUGGAACGUGUGCCAGGCCUCAGCGUGGACCAAAAAUGCGAGCUUGUGCAAAAAGAGCUGGAAGACACAAAGGAUGAAAUAAGACACAUGAGGGCAAAUGCUGAGAGAGACCUGCAGCAUCACGAGGCUAUCAUUGAGGAAGCUGAAAUUCGAUGGACCGAAGUUCAGAGAGAAGUGCAUGAGUUUGAAAAAGAUAUUCUAAAGACCAUAUCCAAGAAGAAAGGGAGUAUUUUGGCCACUCAGAAAGUGAUGAAAUUCAUUGAGGAUAUGAACCGCCGGAGGGAUAAUAUGAAGGAUAAAUUACGUUUGAAAAAUGUUUCUCUCAAAGUCCAGAGGAAAAAGAUGCUUUUACAGUUAAGGCAGAAGGAAGAGGUGGGCGAGGCCCUCCACGAUGUUGACUUUCAGCAGCUGAAGAUCGAGAAUGCUCAGUUUUUAGAGAUGAUUGAAGCAAGGAAUCGAGAACUGAUCCAGCUGAAGCUGGCAUCCAGAAACACCCUGCAGAUCCUCAACGCGUACAAAAGCAAGCUACACCGAGCCAUGGAAACGUCCCUCAAUCUGGACAAGGAGCUCUUGCUGAGAAAAGAGUUACUUGAAAAAAUCGAAAAAGAAACCCUACAAGUAGAGGAGGACCGAGCCAAGGCCAUGGCUCUGAACAAGCAGCUCCGGAAGCAGCUGUCUGAGUUCCGAGCGCCACAGGUGAUGCUGUACGUCCAGGAGAAGAUCCGAAACGGGGACCUGGAGAAGACCAUCAGGAUGUGGGAGAGGAAAGUGGAGAUCGCAGAGAUGUCCUUAAAAGGCUACCGCAAGGCUUGGAAUAAAAUGAAAACCACCAACGAGCAGUUGCAAUUUGCCCCCCUGGGAAAUAGCCAGAGGGAGGCUACGGCUGCCGACCCAAAAGUGACCCAUUAAAGUAACUGGCUCCUCUCCAGUCAUGGGGUCCUCUCCCUGCUCCCUGUGAUGGCUGGUGUCCCCAGUUCUCCAGCCAGGCUGCGGGUCACCUCCCAGGCCACCUCGGACCCUGGGGACUGUUUUCACAGCCUGGCUCUGGGAACCGUUAACACUGAAAGAACCACAGGGCACUCUCAUGGUUUGACACUUGUUAGCCCACCUUUAGUUCACAAGCACACAUGACAGUGACCUUCCCGCAUGUGGGAGUGGGACGGAAGAGGGAGAGCUGGCCCAGUGUGUACUGUGGGCCUUGUCCGCGGCAGCCCAGCUGUGCAACUCUCAGAAAGAGACACCAAAACAGCGUGGUGAAUGCCUGGCACUCAGCGUUCUGAGCUGACUCUUCAGUUUGGAGGGUUAGCUCCUAGACUAAGAUACCGUUACCAAAGAAAACAAGCACAAAGAAAAAGAAGGUAAUUGCUUGGGGCUGAUGUAACCUGUUCUGGCCUGAUAGAGACACACUGUCCCCAGCCUCCCUACCGUAGUAGUCAUAGUACAUGGGCUGGAUGGCCAUCUCAGACCGGUCUGACUCCGUCAGACCCUUUUCCCUAAAGUCUAGACUCACUUGAGCGCCAUUUGCUGG